GAGCACUCCAGGCGCAGGUUAUAAAGGCGGGGCUGCGGAAGCAGACUGCGGACUCAAGAUGCGCCCGAAAGAGCCCGGGCAGGGCCUCGUGGGGCACCGCUUCAGAACCCCGGCUCCAGCGGGAGUCACCCCCGCACCCCCACCCACAGCCCAUUCCUCUCCAGAGCCCUCAGCGCAGCCUGCACCCGCCCCUGCGCAGGCACUGACGGAAGGACCGCGAACGGGAUCCAGAUCCCCAUCCGUCUCGGUACCCGCCCCCGCCGGAGCUCGCCCGACCUCCAAGGCUGGAUCCCCGACAGGAACACCGCGCGCGUCCGCAUUCGCAGCCGCCCAGCGGAAUGCUCAGUUUGGGCCCGGCAACUCGGACGCGCAGUGGACUCGCUUCACAUUCCGAGGGCCCUUUGGUCCCCGGGCCACUGGCCUGGGGACUGAGAAGGCGGCGGGCAUCUGGAAGACGCCGGCUGCCUACAUCGGACAGCGGCCUGGGGUGUCGGGCCCCGAGCACGCCGCCUUUAUUCGGGAGCUGGAGGAAGCGCUGUGCCCUGACCAACCCCCACCAGCCGGGAUCACCCAAGAAGAUGUCAAAGUGAUGUUAAAUUUGCUAGAGAAGCUGUGUACUGCUUUCCCUUAUUCCCCGUGGAUGGGGGUCCCUCUGCAGAGAGAGCGGGACCUAAAUACUGCAGUUUGCAUUGGCCAGUCCCUGGUGAGACAGAACAGUGUUCUGAUGGGGGAGCACAGCAAACUGGAAGCCAUGCUGGGCUCAGCCAGGGAGGACGUAACCGGGCAGGGAGGAGGGGAGGGAGUGUGCCAUCUCAGACCUACCUACAGCACCCCCACCCCGCCCCGUGCCUGGACCUGUGCUCGCCCCUGCCUGCGUUCCGACAGGGCCCCUCUCCCCCACUGCCAGAUUUUACACCUCAGAUACCAGGUGAGCUUGAGAGAUGACCUCCUUCAGCUCUACUCAGACUCUGAGGAGGAGGAGGAGGAAGAAGAGGAGGAGGAGCCGGAGGAGGAAGAGCAGCAGCACUAUCAUUCCUAUGGAGCCCCUGAGCCGUGAGUGUCCUGCCUUUUCACCUGGGCAGCCCCUUCUCUGACUUGUCUGCGGGAGAUGGAGGUCCUACAUGACUGCCCGCAGCUGGAAGCCCUGCAGGAGCAGCUGAGGCUGCUGGAGGAGGAGAACGAGCAGCUGAGGGAGGAGGUGAGCAGGUGGGCAGAGGGCACAUCCGCCUCUCAGCUCUACCCCCUUGAUUGUGUGGAGCAGUUUUCCGAGGCCAGCCAGCAGAUGGCUGAGCUGUCAGAGGUGCUGGUGCUCAGGAGGGAGGCCCAGGACCAGUAGCAGAGGGAGGUCACCCAGCUGCGGGCCCAGGUCCUGAAGCUGCAGCAAUGCUGCCAGUCGCAGCAGGACCUACGGGAGAAGUACACAGAGCGUGGGGGCAUGCUGACCCGGGCUCAGGAGGAGGUGAAGACCCUCCGCCAGCAAGCGCCGGCGUCCGCUGACCCUGUCACCCGCUACACACAUGCCGUACCUCUGGAGGCCCUUCCUGGUUUUCAGGAGGCCUUGGCUGAGGAGCUCAGAAGGUCUAUAAGGAUUAUCUCGGACCCUGUGUUUUUUAUGGAAAGGUGCAAAGACUUUCCUGUCUCCCUGCCCAGAUACAGGCUGUGCCGCAGUGAGGUACAAGAGCAGGACCGGGGCUUAGAGGCUGAGAAGGGGUUACUGACAGCAGAGGAUUUUGUGGCAGAAGAUUUUGUGCCUGUGGAGGAAUUGGUGCCUGAGGAGGAACUGGGGGCCACAGAAGAGGUGGCGUCAGCUGAGGAGGGGGCAACAGAAGAGGCAGAGCUGGUGUCUGAGGAGGCCGAGGCCGGGGAGGAGGUGGAGCCGGAGCUGGAUGAGGCAACGCAGGGGAACGUAGGGACCUCAGCGCUGGAAGCUAGCGGCUUGGGCCCCUCUCACCUAAACAUGAAGCGUGUCCUCCAGCAACUGGCUAACUGGCUGGAUGCGCGUUAUAGUCGGCAGUUGAGGCUGAAGAUGCUCCAGAAAGGUGAGUGCUCCCACAGGGGCCUCCCUCGGGCCAGCCAGACCAGCUACAGAUCAUCAAUGAAAGGUGAGGGUAGGUGAGCCCCCCAAAUGCUCACUUACCCCAGCUUGGCCUCACCCAGUGUGGUGAUUUGCAUGGAAUUUGCAUAUCAUUUGCAUAGGCACCUCCAGGUUCCUUCAGUGGGAACUAUGGCCCCAGGGCUCAUUUAUGUGGAAUUUGCUUAGGAUUCCAGAUCUCUACCCCUUUUUCGCCUGGGGGUCUGGGCUGAAGGUCAUGACCAGGACUGCAGCCCCCUACUGUGCCUCUGCUUCCCGUCUCUGCUGCCCCCUUCUCCCUGUCUCCCACUCUGCCACCCGAUCCCCGAGGCUCCCCAGCCCUGCAGUAGUGACAGCAACGGGUACAGGGAGCGGAUCAGAGCAGCAGCCCGGGGUGCUGACCCAGCCGUUUCAGAGGCUGGAGGAGGACUGGGCCAACCAUCCUCCCAGGGCCUGGGAGGAAGAGGGGUGUUCUGGGGCCACCCAGGCCAUUGGGACAAAGGCCUCUGCUAGCUAGCAAGGGUCGCAGCUGGACCAGCCCCCUGGGCUUUGCUGGUUCCCAGCAGCCUGCAGAGGCCCCACAGACAGCCUGAGGCCCCUCCUUCAGCUGCUGGGCCAAGUCCCACCUACCCCAGACCCUCCUUCCCAUCCUCCCAAACAGGACCCCCCUGUCUGUCACCGGCCUGCCUUCUGUCCCCAUGAACCUGGGCUGGGGCUUGAGGACCCAAGCCUCGACCCU